UAACUCCAAGAGUUGUAUAUAAAUUUCAAACAUGUUUGUAAUCCAGCAGAAUGCCAUAAAAUGCUUUUGGAGAAUUAAGAUUACAAUGAAGUCAAUCAUCAACUUCUCGUUAUUGAUUAGUCUUCAAGUCUGUUGCCAUCAGUUCCCGGAAUACCCUGAUCAUGACCAUGUCCACAAAGAUAUAAAUUCAAACAAACAUCAGGACCUUCCUUUGGCAGAAGAAGAGAAGUACCCAAACUAUCAUAAGAUAGUUUCCAGUAAUGCUGAAUUUGCAUUCAGAUUCUACCAGCAAAUUGCUUCAGAUGCAGCUGUCAAAAAUAUUUUCUUCUCUCCCUUCAGCAUCUCCAUAGCUUUUGCACUGCUGACUUUAGGUGCCAAAUCAGAAACCAGGGAUCAGAUUCACAAAGCACUUGCUUUUAACCUCUCAGACAUUGAAGAGAGGGAGAUACAUGAAGGAUUCCAACAGCUCAUCUAUGUGCUUAGCCAUCCAAGAAAUAAAGUACAGGUGAACAUAGGCAAUGCCUUGUUCAUUGAAGAAUCCUUGAAAUUCCUGCCUAAAUUUUUGGAAGAUGCCAAAACCUUGUAUGAAGCUGAGGGCUUCUCUGCCAAUUUCAGUGUUCCCAGACUGGUUAAAAAGCAAAUUAAUGACUAUGUGAGAAACAAGACUCAUGGGAAAAUAGCUCAUGCUGUUGAGGAUCUUGAACCAACCAUUGUGAUGGUCCUUGUGAACUACAUGUUCUUCAAAGCUUCCUGGAAAAAACCUUUUAACACUCAUUUUAUCAGAAAAGAAGACUUCUUUAUAGAUGCAAACACAACAGUGCAAGUUGAUCUGAUGAGACGCACAGACUACUAUAACAUUUUCCACGAUGAAGAUCUUUCUUGCUGGGUGGUAGAAAUUCCUUAUGAAGGAGAUGCUACGGCAUUGUUUAUUCUACCAGAUGAAGGGAAGCUAGAGCAUGUGGAGGCAGCUUUGGUGAGGGAAACCCUGUCUAAAUGGAGAACUUCCUUUACGUAUAAAAAUAUAAAUCUGCAAAUUCCCAAAUUUUCAAUGUCUACAUCUUACAACAUCAAAGGCUUGUUACGAAGAAUGGGAGUGACUGCUGUCUUUGACAACACUAGUGACUUAUCUGGAAUUACUGGAAAACGCGAUCUGAAGGUUUCAGAAGCCUUUCAUAAAACUUUGCUGAACAUUCAUGAGAGUGGCACGGAGGCAGCAGCCGUCACCAUUAUAGAAUUUAUGCUACGUUCUGCUCCUGCUCACGUUUCACAUUCUAUCAGAUUCAACAGAUCCUUCUUGAUGAUAUGUAUUGAUAAGCAAACGGAGAUCAUCACUUUCCUAGGGAGAAUUAUGAAUCCUACUGAAGAAUGAAGAAUAAAUAUUAGAAUAUGUCAGCCUGUUUAGGUAAUUAUAAAAAUACCUCCCUAAAGCAAAUGGCUAGGUCCCUACUAACAGGACAGAGUCUGCAACUGCAUUAUAAUUGAUUGAAACCAACAGUUUGUGAGAAAAGUAAAAGAAUGUUGUGCUUUUAUAAUAAAAUUGAUUUUAAGCUCUGCCAUCUUGUAGGUUCACCUUUUGUACUACCAUCUGAAAAUCUGAUGCUCAUUUUUAUUGUUGGGAAAGAGCAAUUCUAACUGCCAUAUCUCAAUACAAUAUUCCUGAGUUAGGAAAAGUUUAGAGGAAAAGGCAAACAUUGGGCAAUUUUUCAAUGGGCUUUUAAGCAUAUACAGGUAUGAGUAAUGUGGAAUAUGACAGGAGUGUAUAAAAUUGUACAUAAUAUGGAAAUAAUGACAAUAAAUACAUUUUUGGUGUGGCCUAA